AUGCGCAAGAUGAUACGAGCUAAAUUUUUACCAAGUGACUACAAACAACAACUCUUUGUUAAACUGCAGAAUUGUCAACAAGGAUCUCGUCUUGUAGAAGAAUAUGUUGCUGAGUUUUAUAACUUACUUGCCAGGAAUGAAAUUAAUGAAUCUGAAGAACAAUUGGUAGCGCGUUUUAUUGAAGGAUUGAAUAGAUUGAUUCAAAACAACAUGACUCAAUCUUAUUUUACUAUGGUUGAAGCUAUUCAACAAGCUAGUAAGAUCGAAAAAAGACUCGUUAAAGCUUCCAAAACUUCUCAGUUUCGUCCUCCGCGGUUUAAUUCGAAGAAUAAACCACAACAAUUUUCAGGUAAUACUUCUCAAGAUACUUAUGUUUCGUCUCCUCCAAGUUAUAACUAUGAAAAUGAGUUUACACCCCGACCUCAACGUCCAACACAUCCACCAGUGAAUUUCAGUUUCUCUCAAUCACCACUUCCUGCUAAUUCUUCUCCAAUUUUACCAAGUCCAUCUGAGAAUUAUCCUAUCCAAAAACACCCAUCAAAAUCUUCUGCAAUUCUAUUUUCGAAUAGGAACCAACAAAAAUUUCCUCCUCCUACUAAACCCACAAAUUUAUAUUCUAAAUUUAGAGGUGAGAAGUGCAACAAGUGUAAUCAAGUUGGUCAUUCUUCUUCUGAUUGUCGACGUUUUAAUGGUUUUAUUGGAGACACUUCUGUCUAUGACAAUAAAGAAAAAAAACAAGUAGAUGAUGAUGAGGAUGAAGUAGACGAUUAUCCAGAUUUACAUGAAAUCUAUGGUGACCAUUUAGUGGGUAUGAUUCGUCCACUCUUGCUUAAUCAUCCUUGUUAUUCUCAAAUACAUAGCAUAUUUAAAACAAAGUGUUUUAUUGGAGGGAAAGUUUGUGAUAUGAUUAUUGACAGUGGUAGUGUUGAUAAUUACAUCUCCUCUAUGAUGGUCGAGAAGCUAGGAUUACCUGUUACUCCACACCCUCAUCCUUAUUAUGUGGGAUGGGUAACAAGUUAUACUACUCAGCAAAUUACACAUCAAUGUGUAGUUACUUUCUCUUUUGUGGGUUUUGAAGAUUCCGUUUUAUGUGAUGUGAUAGACAUGAAUGCAACACACCUUCUUCUUGGAAGACCAUGGAAAUAUGAUGUUCGUGCUGUGCAUAAUUUUUUUGAAAACACAUACACAUUUUACAAGAAAGGUAAACAGAAAGUUCUUCAUCCGUCUAGGUCUUCUUCUGUGAUCAAGGAACAUAGUGCUGAUAAGACAAGUGCUUUGGUGGCUACAAUAUCACGAUGUUUACAUUCCACUAAUACUUUAAGUUCUCAUGAAUACAGAAAGUCAAUGAUAGCAGUUCCGGUUCAGGUCCAACCUUUAUUAUCUAAGUAUUCUGAAUUAUUUCCUAAAGAAUUACCUGUCACUUUACCACCUUUGAGAGAUAUACAACAUUGCAUAGACUUCAUACCUGGAGCCUCUUUACCUAAUCAAGCUCACUAUAGGUUAAUUCGAACUGAAAAUGAAAUUUUACAGGGGCAAGUAAAUGAUUUAUUGUGUAAAGGUUUGAUUAGACCAAGCAACAGUCCUUGUGCUUGUCCUACAUUUUUAGUUUCCAAAAAGGAUAAUGGUUGGAGAAUGUGUAUAGACUGCAGAGCCUUGAAUCGCAUCACCAUUCCUUAUAGAUUUCCUAUACCUAGAAUUGAAGAUAUGAUUGAUUUACUUUCUGGAUCAAUUAUUUUCACCAAAUUUGAUCUGAGAAGUGGCUAUCAUCAGAUUAGAAUAAGAGAAGGAGAUGAGUGGAAGACUGCUUUCAAGACAAGAUAA